AUGGCUUCCGCUUUCUCCUACAACAUUAUAAAAUCAACAUUAUUUGUAUUUUUAUCAUACAUUGAUCCUAUGUCCAUGCUCACACUAACAUCACGUCUUUUCUUCAAAACUACAAUGGAGAUUGACAACAAAAUCAGCAAUGUUGGGUUUCUAAGCCAUAUGACUGCUGAUUCUCUGUUAGUGUGCGCGAUGAGGUGUUACGACAACUGCAAGUGCGUUGGAUACAACAAGGAAAAGAACCAGUGUCGUCUGCAUUCCCAGAUCCAUUGCUUUGACAAUUUCACUGCAGACAUUACUGAAGAAAGAUGGGAAUAUUUUUGUGAAAGAGGUUGUUGUGCUGGAACAUCAACUAUCCACUUCUUGGAUGCGUACGUUCCAUCAGAUACAAAUUUGUAUAUCGCGAAUACAACCGAAAGUCGUGUCGGGGAAACCACAAAUUAUACUUGUCCACCUAAGACAGUAAGUGUGGGUCGGAAUCAAAUAACAUGUUUGGAAACCGGAAAAUGGUCAACCGCAAUGUGUGAAGAGUGCACAGAGGCCGAUGACCCAAAACAAAUCAAUUAUAGAGGUAAAAAGAACGUGACUACAACUAAGAAAACUUGCCAGCGCUGGGACGCCAGAACUCCCCAUAUUCCUAAUAAUUAUAACUUUCCUGGUAAUGAUGAGAACUACUGUAGGAACCCUGAUGAUCAUUCCGGAUCUUGGUGCUACACCACUGACCCUAACACGAGAUGGGAGGACUGUGAUGUACCAAGAUGUUAAAUACCUAGAAGACUUUUUCAACCCUAAAAGUACCCUUUGUAAAACUUUUAUGGUUUAUUU